CAAUGUGUCAUGGAGUAUUUAUGAGGUGUGAGCUGUUUUUUAGAAUUAAUCAAGGCUUACUGUGAUAUUUAUAUCUAAAACACUAAUGGAAUUAUUGUUUAAAGAAUUAACAAUCUUAUGAGAAGAUGGCAUUGUGUUCUUUAAAGCAAGAGAAAUGUUUGCUUAGAAGUUAUCCUAUUGUUUAUAAACAUUAAAUUGUGGAACACUUCUUUGUGCACCGUUUGCUGUUAAUUAAAGUAAUUGGAAAGUAUGUGGUUGAUACUUAACUGAGAUAAGAAUAUUUGAAUUUUGAUUGGCCUUGAAACGUUAUUCUACGCAAAUGAAAUGCAAUAUACGAGAACUCGCUCUUUUGAGCGACAAACCUUGUGUAAUGGAAGGAAGACUCAACUACAAAAAAAUUACAAACGGAGGAUACCGGAAUCAAGCAGCAGUGUUCAAGGAGAGAUGGUUUAGACUUAUAAACAAUUACUUAUUUUAUUUCAAAAUAAGUGAAAUGGGAAAAUUUGAUACUAAAGUGCCAGCAGGUGUUUUUGUGAUGGAAAAUUCAUCAAUACAAAUGGAACAUGGACAGAACAUAUCAUUUUCAUUUUCUAUAUCCUUUAUAGAUGAACCAGAAAAGCGGCAUUUGUUUGCAGCUCGAUCAGAAGAUAAUGUAGUCCAAUGGGUAAUGAAACUGCGGGAAUGUUCCUAUGAAUAUCUUCGUAAUCGUUUACACACACUUCAGUCAAAAAUCUAUUCUAUUACGGGAAAGGAUCCCCUGUUACUUGUACCGAGAAAUGACGGCGCGUGUCUAUGGGCUCCCUCAGUACCAUUCUCCACCGCUCCAGCUUGCACAAACAACACAAGUUCUUUUAGUUGCCAUCUCCAUACUAAUGGUGCUUUUACACUUGAAAGAAGUAAAUCUGAUGUAGAGGCAUACAAACAUAUACAAGCAGAAUAUACUAAGAGAACUAUUUUCUACACCAAUGAUCAUAAGGAAGAUAAUAAAAAAGAGAAGAGUGAAAGCCACGGUUUCGCUUUAGAAAAAAGUAAAACAUCCGCAUUGUUUGGUUCAACCAAUCCAAUAGAUUUUUCAAUAUUUGAUAACCGACCUGCUUACUCGAGGGCAGCACCAAGCCCGCCGGUCAGAAUGAAGCUAUCCCCUUCAACGCGACGAGCUGAACUCAAACAAGAAGUGCGGGAAUUUAGAGAGAAAGGAAUGUAUUUGGGAGUUACGGGCAUUUUAGAUCAGGUCCCCGUACCGCCGAGAAGAAAACUAUCACCGAAACCAGAAAAAGAAGUAGACAAUCAAGUAAGUAAUACCAGUCGAGAAAAUUUAUCUGAUGAGGCAGACCUUAUUCAAUUUUGAUUGAUCCGUUUUAAUUAUUUUUAUGCCCACCUAUUAAUUUUAUGCCCUUACCUUGCAUCAAACACAAUAUAGAUUGGUUUAAGUUAUUUUUAUCAUGACAUCAUUGCAUUUAGUUAAGGAGAUUAUGUGAUAUAUCAUAAUUAGAUAGGUAUUAACAUAUUUACCUCCAUUUAAUACAUUAUGUACGCUGGUGACUUUCCAAUUAAUCCUACUUCCUAAUAUUAUAAAUGCGUACGUCUACAUGAUGAUAGAUGUCUGUUAAAGUUUGUAGCCUAAACGGCUGAACGGAUCUGGAUGAAAUUCGGCACAGAUUUAGAGGAUAGUCUGGAAUAACACAUGAGCUAUUCACUUUAAAUCGACACGGACGGAGUUGCGGGCGAAAGCUAGUAAUAUAUAUUUAACAUAGAUGCGAUCAAACUUAAACAAUAAUGUAUCUUAAUUUUUUACUGUGUUUUUGGUAUUUCAACUCGUACUUGUUCAUACUAAUUUGUUUUGAUUCUUAGCCUGAAGAGGAAGAACUAUGAACUAGUCAAAUAGUUUAAUAUUCGCUUAUAUAUUUAUUUACAAUUUGUAACAUUAGUAAAUAUAUUUUAUAUUACGUGUAUGUGGUUUUGUUUGAGUCACGGCCGCGGUCCGUUUUGUCAGUAUCCUGUAUUGAUUACAGGUCAUACUUUGUAUCGCCUUCGAUUGUUUCGUUUGUAUUCUGGCACGUUUUAUGUAUUGUUUUAUUAACAACGAUUUAUAUUUUUCGAAUCGUAUUUAUCAGACUAAUUUUACUUAAGUAGAUAUUUUAUAUUAAAAACCGUACUUUUUAAUGUAAUACUGCUCCGCAUUGUAUUAGGAGUAAUGUUUGUUAAAAAUUGUCCAUUUAAACUUAUAUUUCACUGUUUUGAAACAAAUCUUUAGAAUCUGCCACUUAUAGCCUUAACUAGUCCCCAAUAAUUUGUAUAUUAAAAUGAAAUGUUAUAUGUAAUAAACAACAAUAAUUGGUGUAAUUUCAUUAUUCGACUGUUUUUGUGACCAAAUAAUUUGGUGUUCAAGAUAAACUCAAUACAUACUACCUCCUAACUCCUAAGAUAAACAGGAUUAUGUCAAAAAUAAAUUAAAUUGUACUGAGUGGUUUUUAAAU